CUUCUUUUCUUUUGUAAUUUCGGUCAAGUUGAAAAAUCGUUUAAAUAAUUUUAAUACCAUGUAAAUUAUCGUAUAAUUUUUUAUUAUUCUUAAUAAAAAAUUAGCAAGUACAUAAAUCUAUAAACCCUACCAACUAUAUAUAUUAAUUAUUAAACAAACGUUAAAUUAAUACAAAAUAAAAUUUUUGCAAACGAUUGGCAGUGGCGACAGCUAAACAAAAAAAAGAAGAAAAUCGCAGAAAAGAAAAUAGGUGCAGACAAAAAUUUCAAAAACCAAGCAUGGAAAGCCCCUGUGAAUCCGAAAGCUCAUUGGAUGGUGGUACCAUGUUACCACCAAGCCCCGUUUCUAGGGAACAAUUGCAAAAACGCAUAGAAUCUUUAACGCAGCAAAAUAAAGUUCUUAAAGCUGAAUUGGAUACUAUGAAAAUCAAAUGUAAAGUUGUCCAAGAAGAAAAUCGCACUCUUAAACAAGCAUCAGUAAUAAUUCAAGCUAAAGCUGAACAAGAGGAGGAAUAUAUAUCUAAUACACUUUUGAAAAAAAUACAAGCUUUAAAAAAGGAGAAGGAAACAUUAGCACAUCACUACGAACGUGAAGAAGAAUGUCUAACCAACGAUUUGUCAAGAAAACUAGAUCAGCUCCGUCAAGAAAAAUGUAAAUUAGAACAGACACUCGAACAAGAGCAGGAGUGUUUGGUCAAUAAAUUAAUGCGAAAAAUCGAAAAACUCCAAGCAGAAACGGAUAACAAACAAACCAAUCUCGAGCAGUUGCGAAGAGAAAUGGUUGAACUUGAGAAUACGUUGGAGCAGGAACAGGAGGCAUUGGUAAAUAAAUUAUGGAAGCGUAUGGAUAAAUUGGAAACUGAGAAACGCUUGCUACAAAUUAAACUUGAUCAACCAGUAUCGGAUCCAACAACACCACGUGAUAUUACUAAUGCUAACGGGGAUACUGCCUCCAAUUUAAGUUCGCACAUACAAACAUUAAGAUCUGAAGUUAUACGCCUAAGAGGUAACCUGGCUGCAGCCGAAAAAGAGGCUACUAAGAAAGUGCAACAGUUUGCCCAAGAGGAAAAGUCUAUACGUGAAGAGAAUGCUCGUCUUCAACGCAAAUUGAAGCAGGAAGUGGAAAGACGGGAAGCAUUAUGUCGUCAUUUAUCUGAAUCGGAGUCGUCAUUGGAAAUGGACGAGGAACGUUUUUACAAUGAAAAUAUUUUGGCAACAGGAGCACCUUUGGCUGGAUCAGCCCUGAAUGCUCAUCGCCAACGCACUAUUAGUAGUCCAGUGUCACAUAGUCCAUCAAAUAGCCGCCCCUUAAGUCCAGGCACUUCACAGCAAAAUCGUUGUUACGCAUGUGGACAAGUAGUUAAUCGUCGUGCUAGUGAACGUUUUAUAAAGCCAGCACUGCCUACACCCAUGUUGGGUCUUAAUACUUCAGCUCCAAAUGUUUUGUCCGGCUCAACCGGAGCUGGCCCCACUGUUGUAGGUGGCUUAUUCUCAAGUUCAUCAAAUGCUACGGGGCCAUCAGCUAGUUUUCUCAAUAGUUUGGGUAAUGAACGUCUCUCUUUUAAUUCAGCUUCUCUGCUAGGUUAUAAUGCUGCACCACCAGUUCUACCACCUACCAGUUCUUCCGCUCAAGCAAAUCCGUUAAGUUUCAAUUUACAAAAUACGUCCAAUUCAAAUAUGAAUGUCAGUGGUACAAAUUCCGCUUUUACACCAACUAACCCAACUGGUGGAGCCACUAAUACUUUUGCCCAACCGGCCAGUCCCAUGGACACUUCAACUUGCAAAGACUAGGAAGACGAAGCAAAUAAAAUAACAACAAACAUAAACUGAAAUUAACAAUUAUGUUACUACUAAAUACAUAAAAAUUUAUAUGAACAGGCGAGGUAAAAGAUUAGGAGGAGCCAAACAAAGAUUGAGCUUUUAGAAAAUGUUAAAUUUGAAUUAAAUGAUUUUGAGCAAAAUAACUAACAAGUAAUGAAAAAGAAAUGAACAAAUGGAAUAUUUUAAAUGAUUAUUAUAUAUCCUCCUAUUCAUUAUGAAUUUACUUUGUUUCUAAAAUAAACUACAUCUUUUUUGUAUUAUCGCAAACAGAUUAAAAUUUGUUGCAAGCUUAAAACUAAUAGCAUUAAAUUUUCUCUCUUAUGACAAUUAUGUGACAGAUUUUUAAAAACAUUUUGAUCAUUAAAUGAGUUUAAUGAAAAAUAUUCCUUUUAUUGGUAAUUGUUAUAAAUGCAAUUGUAAAAGAAGGAAGAAAGAAAGGGUUUUUUCUCUAUUUUAAAUUUUCAAAAGCAAAUACAAAAAAGUUUAAAAAUCAAUAGAUAUUAGAUAUUAACAAAAAUAAAAACUUUAAAAAUCUAAUUAAAUGCUACAGAAAUUAUAAGAAGAAAAAAAAACUAUAAACUACUAACAACAAUAAGUACUAUAAACAUACAUAUAAGUUAAUGUAGGUAUGCAGUGUUUCUUUGUUCUUUGAAAUUAUAAAAAAAUGUCGUUGCACUCUCAUCGCCUCUCAUUUAAACUCUUAUUUUUCUAAUCUUAUGGAUUACUUUUAAAAAUAUAACAAGUCAUUCAAUGAUUUUAUAUCUCUACACUAUAUAGUAUGUAUUUUAAUUCAUUUAUUCUAAAUUAAAAGUUGCAUUUUAUGUUUGUUAUUAAGUUAUUUCUUUUAUUUUUAAUUAAAAAUGGGAAACAAAACAAGAUUUUGUUUGAAAUUCUUCAAAAGAAAAUAACUAAUUUAUCUCUAUACAUAUAAAAUACAAUUAAACAUUAACCAUUUUUCUCUUCAUAUACAUAAUGAAUAUAUGAAUAUAAAUAAAUAUAUUUAUUUAAUUUAACGUUAAAUCUAAACUAAAAGUACGAAUAAUGAUUCAGACAUCAUAACAAAUUAAGAUUAAAUAAAGAAUUUAAAAUAAAUAAAAAAACAA